UGUGUGUGUGUGUGUGUGUGUGUGUGUGUGUAGUGUGUGUGUGUGUGUGUGUGUGUGUGUUAGUGCUGAUGAGUGUCUCUCUCAGAUCCGAGGUCAAACGCUGCUGUAAACAUUGAGUUGUUUUCUCUGAGCUCUUACCUUGGAGCUGAAGGUCAAACCCCACAGACACUUCGAUGCAGAGCACUUUCUAUCCUUUGUUUGGAUCAAUUACCAAAUCUUGUUUUUUCCAAAACAUUCCUUCAAUAUUCUUCAGACCUUUCUUUCACUCUGGUUUACAGUGUUUUACUGUAUUUACUCAUUCAGAAAAAACAAUGUUAUUUAAUACAGUGCUCUUUUUACUAAUUUAAUACAAAACCAUGACAAAGUUUUUUUUGUUAUAUAAUUAAAAGCAAUAUCACUAUCUGUAUCAUGUCUUCGCUUCACAUCUUCUCAUUUAAUCACAAUUAACUGUGCAGUUUUGCUUUAACCUUUCAAUAAAAAAAACAAUAAUUUGGUCUUCUGCACAAAAUGACAAUUCAUACUGAAUUUAAUACAGAUUUAAUUAAACCAUUCGUCAUAAUCAAAAUUAAAGAUUUUAUUUAAACCGAACUAAAUGAAGCCGAUGCGUUGUGUCUUCUUUAUUCUGUUUCAGUUCUGUUAAAAGCAAUGCAUCUGGACUAGUUCAUGAACACGGUUUUAAUUUUGACGGCUGUUUUUAAAAAGCGGCUUCCUCGAGACCAGGAUCUUGAUUCUUGAUUCUUCGUUCAUAUUCACCGGCGCACUAGAGGCGGGGCUUCGCUCUCAGCCGUCAGCGCCGCUCUGUCAUUGGUGCUUCCCGUGACCUCCAAGGCCGACCCAAGGCUGCUCGGGGCCCCUAUAAGAGCCCGAGAGCUGCGUGCGCGGGCACCGGAGGCCGUCAUGUGCUGGGUGUGUGUGUGCUGCUGCUCGGCGGCGCUGCUGCUGCUGCUGCUCAGGUGCAUGCUGGGACGGCGCUCGUCGGUGCCGUGUCUGCCGCGGCUGCCGGUGCUGGGCAGUCUGCUGCACCUGCGCUCGUCUCUGCCUCCUCACCUGCUCCUCACGCGGCUCUCCCGCAGCUACGGCCCUCUGUUCGGCCUGUUCUCCGGGCCCCACUUCACCCUGGUGGUCAGCGAGGUCGGGCUGGUCAGGGAAGCGCUGCUGCAGCGCGGCCGGGAGUUCGCCGGGCGGCCCAAGAUGGUGACCACGGACCUGCUGACUCAGGGAGGGAAGGACAUCGCGUUCUCAGACUACAGUCCUCUCUGGAGGAAGCACCGGCGUCUGGUGCACGACUCCUUCACGCUGUUCGGAGAGGGGUCCAGCAAACUACAGAGCAUCGUUCAGGAGGCUGCAGAGGAUCUGUGCGAGGAGCUCCAGUCCAGCAGGGGUCAGAGUUCAGAUCUCAGCCCGGUUCUGAUGCGGGCCGUCACUAACGUCAUCUGCAGGCUGGUGUUCAGCUCCUCGUACCGGCGCCACGACCCCGAGCUCCUGACCGUCAUGGACUACAACGACGGCAUCGUCCAGACCAUCGCCCGAGGAGGACUCGUCGACAUCUUCCCCUGGCUCCGGGUUUUCCCCAACAAGGACCUGAAGAAGCUGAAGCAGUGUGUUUCAGUGAGAGACCAGCUCCUGCGCAGGAAACUGCUGGAGCACAAGAUGACCCUGACGCCCGGAGAGCCGCGAGACCUGCUGGACGCUCUUCUGAUUGGUCAGAUGAAGGGGUCAGGGGAGGACAACGACAUCACGGAGGAUCAUGUGCUGAUGACGGCGGCCGAGGCGUUUGGAGGAGUAGAGACCACCUCCACCACACUGCUGUGGACCAUAGCCUUCCUGCUGCACCACCCACAGGUUCAGGAGCGUGUUCACUCGGAGCUGGAUGAGUGUGUGGGUCAGUCUCGCGCUCCGUCUUUGAGCGAUCGUUCCCGUCUGCCGUUCCUGGACGCUGUUCUCUGUGAGGUGAUGCGCAUCCGUCCCGUCAGCCCCAUCCUCAUCCCGCACGUUGCUAUGCGGGACACCAGUUUGGGGGGUCACUCUGUUCCUAAAGGAACGCGUGUUCUGGUGAACAUGUGGGCGAUUCACCACGACCCCAAACACUGGGACGAGCCCGACCUCUUCAGACCCGAGCGCUUCCUGGACUCGUCUGGGAGGAGAGUGACCCCGGGAAGCUUCCUGCCGUUCGGAGCCGGUCCGAGGGUGUGUGUGGGAGAGUCUCUGGCCAGAACCGAGCUCUUCCUGUUCGCCAGCCGCCUCCUGCAGCGCUUCAGCUUCACAGUCCCUCCUGGAGCUGCUCCACCAGAACUACAGGGAAGACUGGGAGUAGUCCUCCAGCCCCAGAGCUACAGAGUCACAGUCACACCACGACACUGACACACACACACACACACACACACACACACACACACACACACACACACACACGACACUGAC